AUGGCCACCCAAAUCCGUGCAGCUUUUGAGUUUACAAACAUUAAGUGCACUUCGGUGGACUCCUCGUUUUCCACUUUUGAAUACUGCCUUCUGAAGUCUGUGAAUCGAACCUACAAGUAUGGAUCUCUGAAAGUGAACUUACAUCAGUUGCCAGUUGACAAAGUAAAGUUAAAUCUGGCUCUCUAUAAACGCUUGAAUGGUUACAAACCAUUUCUGUACAACAUCACAAUCGAUGCUUGCAAAUUCAUUGUAAAUCGAAAUUCUUCUCCAGUGGCCGCGUUUAUUUACAAUCUUUUCAGUCCCUAUUCCAAUAUGAACCAUCCUUGUCCUUACAAUCAUGACGUCAUAGUGGAUAAGGCACCCACAUCGCAUCUCAACCAACAAUUGACGAAUGUGUUGCCAUUUCCCAAGGGCGAUUACGGAUUUUUUAGCAUUUGGUAUGCCAAGGGGAUUAAGCGGGCCUACGUCAAUGUUUACGGGACCUUAUCGUAG